AUGAUGCAAAAGAAGGAGAAGCGAACGAGAUGGGUCUUCCGACUGCUCAAGAUCAAGGAACUGUCCCCACUGCCCGAAACAUCCCCUGCAAAGGAAAGGCUGCCAUGGCAAACAGCUGAACAGAGUAAUAGCGCCAUACCUGUGAUCACUGCAAUAGAUGAUGCUCCACUGGUGGGGCCCACACCUGCAGAUGCUCAACCGGCUCAUCAGCACACUGAGAGUCGGGAAUCAGUCCAGAGUAAUAUUUGUGUCAUUAGUCCCCAACACGAGAUGGAGUCUCAACAUCAGGCUGCCACCAAGAUCCAAGCUGCUUUUCGCCGUUAUCUAGCAAGAAAAGCACUACAGGCGCUGAAAGGAGUGGUCAGGCUUCAAGCUCUUAUACGCGGUUGGGCCGUCCGGCAGCAAGCUGUUCACACCCUCAAGUGUCUGCAGUCCAUAGUGAACAUCCAGACAGACGUUUGCUCAAAGAGAAGUGAACGGAGUAAGAGCAGUUUGUAUUGUCAAGAAUACAAGUGCCAGGAUUUCAAGGAAAAGGACAUAAAGGUACAUUCGAACAGCCAAAAAAGGUGGGAAGAUAGCACACUGACCAAAGACGAGCUAAAAUCCCUCUUUGUGACAAAGAGAGAAGCUUCCACCAAGAGAGACAGAAUCAGAGAAUACUACUUAAACCAUCGGAGAUCAGCAGAAACCGAAAGGGACAAGGUGCACGGGAGACGAAGAUACUGGCUAGAACAAUGGGUAGAUGCCCAGCUGGCUAAAAGCCAUACUCUUGGGAACUUGGAGAGGAAUUUGUCAGCAAACUCAAGAUAUUUACAAAGGCAAUAUGAGGCUGAACUUCCAGAUCCUCGUGCAUACAUUCCGACAAGCUCAGGUCAUCACAGGAAGCAACGUUCAAUAGGGAACGAUUAUUCAUUCCCACGUUCACCUAUCAUUCCUACAUACAUGGCCUCCACUGAGUCCGCCAAAGCAAAAGCCAGGUCAUUAAGCUCUCCAAGACUCAGACCGCUUAAUUUUGAUGUUUGUUCAGAGACAAUGUCUCCUUAUAAGCGUAAGUGCUCCCCUAUAUCGUCUAUCAAUAGCGAGCUGACGAGCAGCACCUGGGUUGAGAAUCAUCUGAAUACCUCACAAAGAUCAUUGUGUUUGAAAGGUCCAUCCGGUCAAGUAAAAUCAAAUAUGAGCACAAAAGACCUCCGGAUCCGGGGGAUUUAUUACUAA